AUGUCCGACACCGAACUCGAUAGUCAAUUUGUGCCAAAUGGCAGGCCACAGUCUCAAAUGGCACGAUCAUUCGCUCUCGCUUUGGAUGACUUGUUCAAACUUGACAACACUGAUGGUCUGGACGCUAUAGUCACAGAGAAGAAGAAUGAGAUAUCCACAAAAACCUCCGAACUCGAAGAGCUAGAAGCCCGACUUAAAGCGACCGAGGAAAGAUUAAAAGCCAAACAAGCAGCAGUAACUCCGAGAAACUCCCCACCAGGGAAAUCAAACUCUCAACAACAACGCUCUAUGAUGGAUCCUAUAAGCCCAUUAGAACCGAAGUUUGUGAACAAUCACCCAUCGCGGGGUGCCGAAAGCAGCAGGAUGAAUCACUCAUCCAGGCCAGGAGCCCCAAGACAAGACCAAUCAUACACAACAGCUUUAGCAUCACAUAUUCCAGGAGCUUUACCACCUACUCCAGGGGCUAGUGAAGGUGAAUACGAAUCCGAUGAUGGGGAAAGGACCUGUGCUGACUAUGUAAUCGUAACCAAAGAUGGAGAUGUUCCACGGGCAGGUACCGAAUGA